AUGAAAUUCUUGAAGGAUUAUGAUUUCGAGCUCCUAUAUCACCCAGGGCAGGCAAAUGUAGUGUCUGAUGCAUUGAGUAGGAAGAUUUUGUUGGAUACUAGUCUGAACAGAGUUAGAGAACAGCUGGGGUCAGAUGAGGCUAGAGAUUUUUCUUUGAGUAAUGAUGGCAUACUACGAUUCCAGAACAUAGUGUGUGUGCUUGAUGAUGCUGAGAAGGCGAAGGUGGAGCACCAGAGACCCGGUGGGAUCUUACAGCCCUUGGAGAUACUAGUGUGGAAAUGGGAUAACAUCUCGAUGGACAUUGUGACCCAUUUGCCACGAACUUUUAGAGGGCACGACAUCAUCUGGGUUAUUGUGGAUAGAUUGACCAAGAGUGCUCAUUUCUUGGCGAUGAACUUCAGGAUGUCAAUGGUCAAGUUGGCAUAG